GAGAGAGAGAGAGAGCAGGACAGGAUAGAAGUUGUGCAGACCCGGGAGUGUGUGUGCGUGUGGAUUGCCAGCAGCUGGAAGUCAGUAGCACAGAAUACCCAAUAUGGCAGAAAGCACAGAAAUGGACCAGCUUCUGAGCGCCUUUAAGAAGUUUGCUGUUCAUGGUGACACCAAAGCCACUGGAAAGGAGUUGAAUGGUAAAAACUGGGCUAAACUGUGCAAAGACUGCAAAGUUAUUGACAGCAAGAAUGUCACCAGCACUGAUGUAGAUAUUGUCUUCACAAAAAAAGUGGCAAAAACUGGCGCAGUGGAUCGGUUAACCGACACAUCUAAAUAUACGGGCUCACACAAGGAGCGCUUUGAUGAGAGUGGGAAAGGCAAAGGAAAAGGUGGGCGGGAGGAGAUUGUGGAAAACACGGGCUACGUAGGGGCCUACAAGAAUGCUGGGACUUACGAGGAGAAGCCGAAGGCCAAUUAAGGCCACACUGUCUCCAUGUCAACAAGCUCUGAGCUUCAUCUUUAUCAGCACUUAGGUAUGGACCAAAGCCGAACUUGAACUUUGACCUGUAAAAUCACACCGCCACUAUGCAAUGUAACACAGGAAGUGUUGUAAAUGUUUGUCUUUAAACACAGUAUUACAGUUGGUUUUCAUUAGAAAGUUGAAAGAAGGGUAAGAAGGAACUGGUGAGGACUAGUCUCACUCCUUUCGUGCAGACCAGCGUCUGCUGUACAGUAUGUAGGAUUUCAGGAGAAAAUCUCAAAGAGCAAGCAUGAAGACAGCUCUUCAAGUGGGGAAACAGAUAAGUGGUGUAUUUGUUUCAGUUUUUAUGUUGUUGUUUAAUAGCUACAAGAAAGGUGCAUCUAAACAUCACAAUGCUUCAGACAGGGAGAAGCGAAACACAGGAAGCCCUUUAAAAGAUUUAUUUCCUCCAACAUGUAUUAUUAUUCCAAAAAUUACAUAAUUGCUGUCAUUAAAUUCUAACAAUAUUCAUUGCUGAACUUUGCCAAAAAUGUCAUUCUUCAAAUGAUAAUGGUAAUCCAGCUUUAUGUGUGUUUAGCUACACUUCUGUUAUUAUUUCCAAAAAUGCAUUGUCAUAUCUUUGUUUUAGUUAGCUUACCGUGUUACUGAAACUGGAAACUGCCUUUGUAUAAACCAUUAUAAAUGACUUUUGGCGUGUUCUUUGGUCUAUUAAAGUAACGUUGCAUUAACAACAACUGAUGUUGUUAAAAAAUCAUAAUGGAAGUCUCUUGUCUUUACUGGUUUUGUAAGGUUG